AUGAACUCAACGGUGAACGGAUCCAGCGAGUCUUCGAGCUGCUUUGCUUUGUUAUAUUCCACUGCGUCAAAAAUCGGAGUAACCGUUACCUACUGUCUGAUCUUUAUUGUUUCACUGGUCGCAAAUUCGCUCAUCGUUACGAUCGUUUAUAAAACGCCGAACUUAAAAAAACCGAUAAAUUAUUUCAUUGCAAACAUGGCCUUUUCUGAUAUUCUGUCUGCAAUAUUCUGGAUGCCUUUGAACCUGUCACUCGUGCACACCAACUCCUUACUUAUUGGUGGUCAGCUUGGCCAGGCCUUGUGUAAGCUUGUCUUUUUCUUUGGUAACGUUUCCCUUUUCGUUUCGAUACAGAAUCUGAUUCUGAUUGCGGUGGAUCGAUUUGGGGCCGUGGUGUUUCCACCCGUUCGCCACUCAUCAGAUCCAAACUAA